AUGUCUGCAGCCGGUAUAUCCUCCAGCAAAUCCGUUCUCAUUACAGGCGCCACGUCUGGAAUAGGCCGUGCGCUCGCCUUGGCCAUCGCUGAGCUGCCUUCGAAGCCUCAAGUCAUCGCAGCGGGUCGGCGCCAAGAUCGACUAGAGGAACUCGCGAAGCAUGGACUGGAAUCUCUGAGCUUGGACCUUGCGAAGGACAAAGACGCGCUGAAGAAGGAUUUGGAUAAUGUGGUCGAGAAAUAUCCCGAGCUGGACACCGUCAUUCUAUGCGCAGGAAUCCAGCAUGAAUUCGAUUUCACAGACACUGAGGCUUUCAACAUCGAUAAUUUGUACGAAGAAAUUCAAGUCAACUACACCUCUGUCGUCCUUUCAGUCGUUUACCUUCUCCCCCAUCUCCAAAAACUCUCUGCACAGGGUCGUAAUUGUUCCAUCAUAAUAGUAACCUCGGGUCUGAGCAUGGUGCCUGCGGCAUGGGUCCCCAACUAUUCCGCGACGAAAGCCGCCCUGCACAGCUUCUCGAUGUCUCUUCGCGCCCAAAUGAACGGCACAAAUAUUAACGUUGUUGAAGUCAUUCCUCCACUGGUUGAAUCGGAGUUGCAUGAUGCAUACGGAACGACGGAGAAACUCUCCAAGUUUUGGAUGCCCUUGGAUGAUUUCAUUGGCCAGCUGAUGCCUCAAUUACUUAAUGGUACCGCAGAGGUUCCUAUUGGUAUGGCCGAAACCAUCUUUAAGAAGUUCGAGGCUGGGAAGAUGGAUAUAGCGUUGAACAUUGCGACAAAUCAUAAGGAAGGGAAGUAG